GAAGCUGGCAGCUGAAUUCCUGGAUCCUGAUGGCGGAGAGUGCGGAGGACCAUGAGGCGGACCUGGACGCUUUCUUGGACAAGUUCCGGGGCCCCCAGCGCUACGAGGGGGCCUUCAGCCCAGAGACCUGGGAGCAGGAAUUUGACAAGAUUCCAAUGUUCAUGAAGAAAGCACCCUCUGAAAUAGAUCCUGAGCAGCAUCCUGACCUGGCAUGCCUUCAGUCUAUAGUUUUUGAUGAAGAACAGACCCUUGAAGGCAACUGCCUAUAAAAAUGAGGGCAAUGAUUACUUCAAAGAAAAAGAUUAUAAGAAGGCUGUGAUAUCAUAUACCGAAGGGCUAAAGAAGAAAUGUAACGACCAAGAGCUGAAUGCUGUACUUCAUACAAACAGAGCUGCAGCCCAGUUUUAUUUGGGCAACUAUCGCUCUGCUCUCAAUGAUGCUGUUGCAGCAAGAAAGCUGAAACCCAACCAUUUUAAAGCAAUACUAAGAGGAGCGCUGUGCCAUAUGGAACUCAGACAUUUUGCUGAAGCCAUGAUAUGGUGUGAGGAGGGGCUGAGAAUAAAUCCCAAAGAAAAGAAACUUCUGGAAACAAGAACCAAAGCUGACAGAUUAAAGCGUACUGAAGAGAGGGAUUUAAGAAAAGCCAAAUUACAGGAGAAGAGAGAAGGGUCUCAGAAGGAAGUCUUACUCAAAGCUAUCAAGGAUCGGAAUAUCAAAUUGUCUCCACUAUCUUCUGUAGAUGACAGUGUAAUGUCAGCUGGCCUGGCUAAGAUAUCUUUAGAUGGAUUUAGCUCAGAGAGUGCUAUCGGUGCCAAAGUCUGUCUAGAUGAGAACGGCAACCUUACCUGGCCAGUAUUGUUCCUGUAUCCUGAGCAUGGGCAAACUGACUUGAUCUCCGCUUUUCAUGAAGAAUCCAGAUUUAUUGACCAUUUAAUGAUCAUGUUUGAAGAGCUACCUCCUUGGGAUGUAGAAAAAAAAUAUAUUCCCAGUGAAUUAGAGCUUUACUAUGAGGAUGAAGAAAAAGAAGAAAUAUAUCAAAUAGACACACAAACUACAUUGUUACAAGUACUACAACACCAAAGGUACUUCAUAAAAGCUGGGACACCUACCUUCUUGGUUUUGGUAAAACUUGCUCCGUUCUCUAAAAACUACUUAUCCAGAAAGAAGAUUCACCGACUAAAGUGAAAUCAUCAUGAACUUCUUUAAUUUAAAAAAAGUGGGGAGGGGGGAUCAGCAGCACAUACUGUAGUAAACCCUCUUCAGAUUUAUAGACUGGAACAUUUUGUACAUUUGUAUUUUUCUCUACCACAAUAAGAUGACAAUUUAUUAGCAUUUUGUCUUACCUGUCCCAGGCCUCUGUAAAACUUGCCUGAGAAGGAAAGAAAAAUGUGGAGUAUAAGAGGCCUGCAAAAAUUAAGCUGGCAUUUAUAGAAGUUUCCUUUUGUAUUACAAAAUCAUUUGAGUGAAUAUUCCUUAUUUAUGUAUCUUCUUAAAUAUAAAGAAACUGGUCAAAACUGGCCAUAUUACUCA